AUGCCCUUUGCACAGUCCCAGCCCCUCCUCACCCUCACCCUCACCGCACCUGCCCGACUUGCCGCCAGUCGCAUCUCACUAUCUCGUUUGCUUCAUGGCUCCAGUCGCCUCUGCUCGACCACCGACGGUCGACGCGACAGCAUUUCGCCUGCCCGGCCCUGCGACGUGCAGCCCACCGCCGCCGAUAUGAACGAGGGCUGGAAUCCGACAGCCUUGCCCUUUCGGCCUGGCGGUGGCAGCAACCCCGUCAACCCCGUCAACCCCGUCAACCCCAAUGGCGGCCGUCGCGAGCAAAAUUUCUACCCUGGCUUCGAGAAUCACGGCCCUGCACCACCGCACUUCCCAUCCUCUCCACCGCAGCCCCCUUUCCCACGGGGCCAUGGCAUUCCACACUGGGAGCGUAACUCUGCGCCAUGGGAGCACAACUUUGCGCCCUGGGAGAAUAAAUUUGCGCCGCCGCCGCCGCCUCCUUCAGGACCGCCGCCUCCAUCACCGCCGCCGCCCCCACCGCUGCCGCCUCAAUUCUUCAACCAUAACUAUGGCCCACCGCCGUUCUUCGAUCAUCCAGCCCAAGCCCAGGCGCAGGCGCAGGCACAAGCACAACAUUACCAGUGGAUGCAGCACCAGCAGUACCAGCAGCGUCAGCAACAGCCGCCGUUUCACUUUCAGCAGCAACAGCAUCAUCAGCAGAACCAGCAGCAGAACCAGUUCUUUGGUUCCCAUGGCUUCCCUCCUGGUCCUCCCGGUCCUCCCGGUCCUCCUGGCCCACCACCCUAUGGUAUGCCACCACCGCCACCACCACCACCACCACCGCCGCCUGGCUAUCAUCCUAUGCACGGCGCCCCGCCAGGUUAUGGCCCACAGCCCCAGCAAGCUUUCCCAAAUCGUGGGCAUCCAUAUGCAGCCAUGCAGGGACAAACAAACAUUCAUUUUGGUGGCAGGGCGGAAAAGAACCAGUAUGCGCUCGAAAACCUGAUCAAGGAAUUGAAAUGUCGAACAGGCCGCACUAACGCACGCGCCAGAGCAUCUACUUCUUCGGCCAAAAAGUCCAAAUCUGGGGCUGGUGCAAAUAGCCACGCCAAGCAGAAAGAGUAUGUGUUCCCGUGUCGUGUUGCGCGACACGAGGCUGUCCGUGCUUGUGUUGACAAGUCAUCUAGAAAUUCGAAUGCGCAAAAUGGUCCAACUGGAGAGAAAAAGGGUCGCUACGGCGACAGCAAGAUCAUGCUUCCCGCACCGCAGCCUACUGCAGAGUAUUUGGCGCAGGCUGCCGGAGAACCAUCUGUCCUGAGUGAGCCGCGUCCACUGCUAAUCAUUCUGGAUCUCAACGGGACGGUCCUGUUCCGACCCAAUAAAAACUCAAAGACGAUGAUUGAGCGACCCUUCCUCAAGCCAUUCCUGCGCUACCUGUUCCAGAACUUCAAAGUCAUGGUUUGGUCGAGCGCGAGACCUGAUAACGUCAAGGCGUUGGUAAAUCAGGCAUUAGACAACAGUUUGCGGUCCCAGCUCGUAGCGCAAUGGGCACGCGACUCAUUUGGCCUCUCCCCCACAAAUUACGGCCAAAAUGUUCAGGUCUACAAGAACUUGAAGUUGGUAUGGAGUCGCUCCACCAUUCAGUCACACCACCCCGACUACGACAAUGGCGGCCGUUUUGGUCAAGACAACACCGUCUUGAUCGACGACUCGGCCCUCAAGGCAAACGCACAGCCGCACAACCUCCUCGAAAUCCCCGAGUUUGCAGCCACACCCGAACAAAUGGACGGGGAUGUGUUGCGCGAAGUCGCUGGCUACCUUGAUGUGCUCCGUCAGCAACAAGACGUUUCCAGAUUUAUCCGUACAGAGCCCUUUGUUGGCGAUGGGCGCUGGGCUUUCGAUUGGCCCAGCGAGCUUGCAGGCGGUGGCGAGCUGACGACCAAAGUCGGCAAAAAGAACAACAAGAAGAACAAGAAGAAGCAGGCCCAAACCACUGCCUUAAACACUCACUCACAGCAAACAGAGAGCUCCAGUGAAGCCAAGGACACGGCAGAUGCGCUGCAGGCGAGUGCCGGGGCUGCCGCACCAUUAGACACGGCGACUGACACGAUGAAAUCUGUUUCGCUUACUGCAUCCGCGCAGAAAGAUUGGUAA